GGAUGUUUCCCCCAAAAAUGGCCUUAAGACAUUUUUCUCUCGAGAAAAUUAUAAAGAUCAAUCCAUGGCUCCAAGUUUAAAAGAACUGUGUGUUUUAUCUAACAGACGUAUAGGAGAAAAUUUGAAUGCCUCAGCAAGUUCUGUAGAAAAUGAGCCGGCAGUUAGUUCAGCAACUCAAGCAAAGGAAAAAGUUAAAACCACAAUUGGAAUGGUUCUUCUUCCAAAACCAAGAGUUCCUUAUCCUCGUUUCUCUCGUUUCUCACAGAGAGAGCAGAGGACUUAUGUGGACUUGUUGGUUAAAUAUGCAAAGAUUCCUGCAAAUUCUAAAGCUGCUGGGAUAAAUAAAAACGACUACUUGCAGUACAUGGAUAUGAAAAAACAUGUGAAUGAAGAGGUUACUGAGUUCCUAAAGUUUUUACAGAAUUCUGCAAAGAAAUGUCCACAGGAUUAUAAUAUGCUUUCUGAUGAUGCCCGUCUCUUCACAGAGCAAAUUUUAAAAGCUCGCAUUGAACAAGUAAAAAAGUAUCCAGAAUUUUAUACUCUUCAUGAAGUCACCAGCUUAAUGGGAUUCUUCCCAUUCAGAAUAGAGAUGGGGUUAAAGUUAGAAAAAACUCUUCUUGCAUUGGGCAGUGUAAAAUAUGUGAAAACAGUAUUUCCUUCAAUGCCUGCAAAGUUGCAGCUCUCAAAAGAUGAUGUAUCUACCAUUGAAACACAAGAAAAAACAGCUGAAGUUAUGGAAUUUGAUAUUAGUAAAGAUCCAAAUGCCGAGAAGCUUGUUUCAAGAUACCACCCUCAUAUAGCUCUAACUAGUCAAUCGUUAUUUACCUUAUUAAAUAAUCAUGGACCAGACUACAAGGAACAGUGGGAAAUUCCAGUGUGUGUUCAAAUGAUACCUGUUGCAGGUUCAAAACCAAUUAAAAUAAUAUAUAUUAAUUCACCACUUCCCCAAAAGAAAAUGACAAUGAGAGAAAGAAAUCAAAUCUUCCAUGAAGUUCCAUUAAAAUUGAUGAUGUCCAAAACCACAUCUGUUCCAGUCUCUGCAGUAUUCAUGGACAAACCUGAAGAGUAUCCAUCUGAAAUGGACACAUCCUUUGAAGUUAAUGAGUGCCGAAAAAUUGAGACUCUGGAAAAUGUGGAUCUGGAUUUCAAUGAUGAUGUCACAGAACUGGAAACUUUUGGAGAAACCACGACCAAACCGUCAAAGUCACCAAGUCCAACAAGUACCUCCACGGUACCCAGCGUGACUGAUCCUCCCCCAGCCCCUAAAGCAGCAGCUGUACCUGUGGCACCAAGUGCAUCAGACAUUUGUGCUAAUUCUAGAAGUUUAUCUCAGAUGCUGAUGGCACAAUUGCAAAAGGAGAAACAACUGGUCACUGGCAAGACUGGUCGCCCUGACGAGAGCAGAAACAAAGAUGGUCAGGAAUUUGAACCAAGUGGUGAAAAGGUUUCAAAUUCUGGCAAGCCAUUGAUGCAAGAUAGAGACUUGACUACAUCUGAAGCCUUACAGUUAAAAAGUUCUAAGGAAACUGAAACUUCUAAUAAAAAUGCUAUGUCUGUAGAUGUGGAACGUACCAAUGAUGGGAGGCUAAAUGUUGUAGGCAACGCACGUAACUCAAAGGAAAAAACUGUUGCAUCAGCAGCAGCUACAUCUGAAGAUGCGCUUCUUUCCAGUAGCGAUACAGACGAGGACUGUUUAGUCAUAGAUACAGACUGUAAAAAUAAUAGUAAUGGGAAGACGCCUGCUGUGGAUUCUGAUUUAAGGUCUAGAACAGCUAGCCCAAAUUCUUCCUCAGGACAGGCAUCUGUAGGAAACCAGGCUAAUACUGCUUGUAGUCCAGAAGAGUCAUGUGUUUUAAAAAAACCUAUCAAACGAGUAUAUAAAAAAUUUGAUCCAGUUGGAGAGAUUUUAAAAAUGCAGGAUGAGCUCUUAAAGCCAAUUUCCAGAAAAGUACCUGAAUUGCCCUUAAUGAACUUAGAAAAUUCUAAACACCCCUCUGUUUCUGAGCAAUUCUCUGCUCCUUUAGAUGCCUCCAGAUGGCCUUCCACAUUUCAGAAGCCAAAAGGACGUUUGCCAUAUGAACUUCAGGACUAUGUUGAAGAUACAUCGGAAUAUACGGCUCCCCAGGAAGGAAAUUUUGUUUAUAAGUUAUUUAGCCUUCAAGACCUGUUGUUACUCGUGCGUUGCAGUCUCCAGAGGAUAGAGACAAGACCACGUUCUAAAAAACGGAAGAAGAUCAGAAGACAAGUUCCAGUUUAUGUACUGCCAAAAGUGGAGUAUCAAGCUUGUUACGGAGUUGAAGCUCUGACUGAAAGUGAACUUUGUUGCUUAUGGACUGAAAGUUUGUUGCAUUCCAACUGUUCCUUUUAUGUCGGGCAUAUUGACGCAUUUACUUCAAAGCUUUUCCUGCUAGAAGAAAUUACCUCAGAAGAAUUAAAAGAAAAACUUCCAGCACUCAAGAUUUCAAGUUUAUUUAACAUCCUCCAACACACUCUAAAGAAAUUAAGUAGCUUGCAGGAGGGUUCCUACUUAUUAUCUCAUGCAGCAGAAGAUUCCUCACUCCUGAUCUAUAAGACCUCUGAUGGAAAAAUUACAAGAACAGCAUAUAAUUUGCAUAAAACACAUUGCGGCCUUCCUGGUGUACCUUCCAGUCUCUCCGUUCCCUGGGUCCCGCUAGAUCCCAGUCUCUUGUUACCAUAUCAUAUCCAUCAUGGAAGAAUACCGUGUACUUUCCCACCUAAAUCACUGGAUCCUAUAACACAACCAAAGGUUGGUGGAACAAGAAUGCCUACACGCAGCCACAGGAAUCCAGUUUCCAAGGAAACCUAAAGCAGUGGCUUGCCUGCUCAGCAAGUGGAACAUGAAGGAGUGGCUCCAA